GUCACAAAAACUAUUAACACAUGCACAUGCACUUCCAAUUUUUUGAAAAUGGCUGCCUUCUCCCUCUACAAACACAUCCUUCAUUCUGCUACAUUGAUAAUUGGCUUGGCUUGGCAAAGUUGAGUGCUUUUCAAUUUUCUUUGUCAUCUUUCUGGACAUUACUGGAUGAUUCUGAUAGGCGUAAAAGUCUUUAUUUAGAGAACCUUGCUAAGCCCACAUGUGCCUCUAUUUGUGGCUCUGGAAUGUUUGGCAGACAUACAAUCUGUUGAUCAGAUGGGCUGAAAUGUGUGGAUGACCUGGCGUGAAAAAUAAGGCCAGUCAGCUCAUCAGGUGAGCCUCAUGUUUAUGAAGACAAGGGACAUAUUUAGAAAAAAAAUGAGCCAACUCUCCACAGUCAAUGUACAGAUGAGGCCCACCAGAUGAGUUGGCAGAUCUGAUUUCUGGUCAAGGUCAUCUAUAUGGUUGGCCCACCUCCUGAACACUCCCAUGCCACAUUUGCCUUGUUGACAUGUGUGGGCAUGUGUACUGGUGCAUGUGGGCUUAGAAGAAUUCUUCUGUAUAUGGUGGCCAUAUCUAGCUUCUCUGUGCUGGAUAUUCAACUGUUCUGAUGGGUCUGUUAUCUCAGGUAUACUAUUCAGAACAUACAUUUGACAAAGGAGAAGAACAGUGUUUGUGCGAGUUUGUUCUUUUCUGGCAACAUGGUCCAAUUGCGGGGACAAAGACAUUAACGAGUAUUGAACACAUUUGCCUAAUACAGCCUGGAAGUGCACAAAAUGAUCCAAAUCUGGAUUUCUUUUUGGAAAUAUCAAGAAAGAAACUUGAAUUGGGUUCACAUCGUGCUUCUUUCGUCACUGAACAUGAAAUUUCAGCAAAUGCAUGUGCUGCAUGUUUUAAUGAAACCUGUGGAUCUGCUGUCAAAUGUGAGCCCAACAUGCCUUACAAACCUCAAACAUUCAAUUCUAAGGAAAAGAAGAAUCCUAGGCAGGGCCAUGUAACGCAAACAUUUAAAGGGUAUAGGAAUGUUCGGAAAAAGAUUGGACAGGAUAUGGACUUGGGAGGUGGUGAAUAUUUUUUUACAAAGAGUCUCAAGGAAACCAGAAAUUACCAUUAUAUCUUGAUUGAGAACAUGGAAACAGAUUUACCAUCGUCGGUCAUUGUGGAUUUCAUAUAUCAACAAACUUCUGUUUCAUCACACGCCUAUGUAACCCCCAGCUUAUUAUCAGAAUCAUAUACACGGGGAACUAUCUUUUUGGAUGGUCAAGAGAAGCUUGAGAAGUUAUCUAGGUUUUUACACAAUCCCGCUCAUCUCAUCAUGUCCUCAAGAGGAAGACCAUGGGUGAUAGUUGAGAAGGAAUGGAGACUAGGCAAAUUUGAAGGCUUGAUGCACCAACCCAAGAUUGGUCUACCUGAACAAAACAUGCUACUGCUGAGGAUAUUUUCAUCAAGACGAGAUUGAGCCAUUGAUCAUGUGGACCAGACGAUUCAUCCGGUGUGCUGGUAGCUCUCUCCAACUGCCCAUGUCUGGGCUUUAGCUUCCCACAUACCACGAGAAUGACUUUAUUUACAGAGUUUUCACAUGAGUGUUGGUUCUGGGAGACUGAAAAAAAUGCACCUAAAUAUCUUUAGACUACCACUAGAAUGAAUUCUCAGCUAUUUUGGAGAAGUGAAACUGAAGAUGUUAUGUGCAAACCUGAUGUGGAUGGGCCAGAGCUAUAUGGCUAUUUUUGUUAAUUACAAGGCUUUGGCAUCAGGAGAUGCAGCUGUAAAUAUUGUCUGUACCCAGGAAGAUAUAUAUGGACUUUUUAAGACAUUGAAUUUC